AUGUCCGAGUUGAAUAGUAUUUUCAGUGAUUUAAGCGCGAAUUAUGUGCCCCGCCUGCAGUGGGUCGAUGUCGAGGAGUGGCUGUACGGCGAGACAGCAAGUGCGGAUGAAGGCAGUGAGGGCGCCCGCCAGUUCUGGUCGCUGUCGAUCUGUGGCCAAGAUAGCCGCCAGCAGGAGAGCCAACUGCAGACGCUUCGGGAAUUGGCGGGCGUCAUUCGGUCGAUGCGCCAUGACAUCAGCAGUAGCUACAGCAAUACCCACGACAACUGGUCGAACAUUAUAAGUGUCUCCCCAGCCAGUGCAUAUCUCUCGUACAUCUACACCGUCGUGAGCCUCUCCAUUACGCCCGCGAACAUACUGGAGGCGUCUCCCGGUGUACUCAAUCAGAAUCUCAACCUACAGCUGUCCCUGAAUGCGGCCAGCACGUACCUGCUGACACUCACCAUUCCGGGGGCCAAGCGCUAUGCCAUCUUUGACGAGGACGUCAUCGAGCACUUGUUAAAGCUGUUCAGCCUGCUUGAGCAGAAUACGAACCGCAGCGUUUUUGCCGACACAAUAUGGAUGCUCUUUCUGACAAUAUGCGAUGACAUGAAGCUGGUCUUUCGCUAUGUGCACUUCAAGGAGCAUCUCAAGCUACGGGACAAGAUUAUCCGAUGCCUCUUGGAGAUUCUUUACAUGAAUUUCCAAAGGGGCUAUCAAAAUGCACGUGCUCCCGCAUUGCACGCCAAGUGCUACGAACUAUUUGACGAAAUAACCAACGAGCACAAUGGAGAAGUCUAUGACACACUGCAUUUGUUAAUGCAACGAUCAUUUCCCAUGCACAUAUUCACGGACAGCCCACAGAACAUUGGCAGCGGACGACGGGGCGGGCAGAUGCAGAGUGGCGAGCACAUAUCGGAGUGGUUUAUUCAGCUCAUAGAGAAAUAUCCCGACAUCUUAGCACAAAUAUUGCACUUGUAUAUUAAGUGUGUGGUUUCCAAUCCUCUAAAGGCGUGGAAAACCGCCGAUGAGAAGAUUGCCAUUGGCUACGCGGCCAAAUACGACAGCAUUCUGUAUGCCAAAUGCAAUAAAUCAUGCGCAGAUUACCUCCUGGAAGCCGUAAAGGCAGACGAUGCGGUGGGCAUCCAAACCCGCGCCCUAGAUCUUAUCGAACGCAUCUUGCUCCAACAAACCGAAGUCGAGUGGAGCAUUUUUCGUUACGAUGUCUCCAAGGUGCCACGCGAAGUGCCGCUGCUGGUUGAAGUGAUGCGUUGCCUCAACGACAGAACCUUCAGCGUGCGCCGCAAGGCCUGCCAAGUGCUCAUCUCUGCCCUGAAGCAGGGCUCCCCCACGACCAGAAAAAUACUCGAGGAGAGCAUCCGUUUCGUUCAGUUCGAUGCCACCAAUGUGGAGACCCUGGCUGAGCCGUCUGUCGAGCAGCAUGAACUGCGUUUCGUGAAGCCGGACAUACAGCAGUGUGCCUAUAGUUUCGAGGGCUAUGAACAACUGGAGACGGAGGUUAAGAAUCUUCCUCAAAUGAUCUAUGAGCGCUUUCUGGAGGCGGACAAUGGGCUGGCCCGCACCUCGGGCAUAGCUCUGCUCGAGCGCCUGGUGCUGGUCAAUCCUCUUAUCAUUUACAAUACGAAUUUCGUGCGAGAAACCAGCCUCCUGGCCGUGGAUCGGCUUGCCUCGGUGCGCAAAGCGGCGCUGGAACUAAUGGAAACUCUGCUGGAGGCGUAUCCCAAUUGCUUCGCUUUGAUUUGUGUCUAUUGUCGAAUUUGGUCGUGUCUGCUCAGCGAUGAGGAUGUGGCACUGCAAAAGCUAGCCAUUCAGAGUUUCAAUCAGACUGUUUUGAAGAACAUUCAACCCAUGGAUUAUUCCAAUGAACCAAAACAUUUUAUGCCCUGGCGUAUUGUUAGUACGCUGACAAUGACACAACCACGAGCCUAUCUGCAGGAGCGUUUCGCUAUGCUGCUGGAAAGAGAAACAAUUGUCACACCCCAGCUGAUCAAGGUAAUCAUUUCACAUUUAUCCACAUCAACGGACACGGAUGCAUGGGUUCUGUUGCUGCUUCUGUCCAGCCGCAUAACCAACAACAUGGAUGCUCUGAUUGUCAGUUUCAAUGAGCUUUCUUCGUACAACAUGAAGGCCAAUCAAGUGCUGGCCCUGCAGCUCAUCAUUUGCUGUCUGUCCAACUUCUCCAAGCCAGCAUUAAAUCAGCUUUUCCAGCGUCUGCUCGAGGCUCUGCGCAAAGGCAACAUUUGGCUGGGUCUCAUUUCGAGUGCCGUCAAUCUAAUCAAUCAAAUCUACCAUUUGUCCGAUAGUCAAGCACCGUCCGCUGGCUCCGAUGCCUCGCCAAACUGGCAGCUUACUCUACUGGAUGAACUCACGGAGAACAUCGUGGCCAGUGCUCAAAAUUUCCAGGCUGAACACACGCGUUUGCAGUGCCUGUUGGGCGCGUACACGGAAAUCUUGGUGAUGCUGCCGCAGUCGGUAGACUAUCGCGUCAAGGAGAUUGUAUUCAAGUACCUGCGAGAGUGCACCAAGCUGAAGGAAUCCCAGUUCGACACGGACAACGAACGCAUGACCAACUGGAUGAUUGUGAUAGCUGGACGUCUGUGUCUGCGCGAGCAUCGACUUGCCAACGAAGUAUCGGAGCUCUAUCAGAUCAUAUUGACGAAGAACGACCGGCCGCAGAUCAUUAAUACCACACUCAUAGCCGUCAAUGAUCUGGGAAAGAAACAUCCAAACAUUUUGGAGCGCAAUUUCCAGUGCAUUCUGGCCAAAAUGCAUUCAAAGUUUGCCAUGACUCGGGUGCGCUCAUUCCGCUGUGUGAAGGAUGUGAUACUCUCGGGCAUUAUUAAGCUAAAGGGACCCAUUCUCAUAUCCAUGCUGGCCGCCCUGGUGGACGACAACGCUGAGGUGGCACGCGAGGCGGAUGCAUUCUUCAUACGCUACAAACGGCUGCACGAGAAGACGGUGUUUGUGCAGUGUCUCAGAGAGUCUCCUUUCUAUCUCAAUGGUCAGGCGUAUCAGAAGGGUGUGGAACCGAUCAACACCCGCUACCAGUCGCCCCUGAAGGGUGCCAAGAUGGUAAAAAGUCGGCGGCUUCUGUAUAAUCACAUUAUGUCCACAAUAGAUGAAAACACUUUGCUGCUGUACUUUGGACAACUAAAGCUGUUGGCGGAGAAAAGCAAAGACGAAGAAUUUGUGAAAUCCAACGACGCCUUGGCCGUCAUCCAGGAUCUGCUUUUCAUUAUGCGUCGCAUUUGUUAUCUCACGAAGGGUAAAAGCAAACAGCAAGGUGCCCGUGCCGAUGGUGAGAAUAGCGAUGAAGGUGAACAGGAAGCAGAGGCACCAGCAGCAGCAGCAGGAACAGCUGUAGGUGCCGCACCAGCGAGAGGGCGUGGACGUAAGCGUGUGGACACGGAGGACCCACAAAAACAAUUGGAGCGAUGUCUGCGCUAUGUGGAGGAAACACAUAGAAACCUUCAAACGGUCAUGGGCCCCGAUCUACAACAUUCCUUUGACAGCAUGUGCCAGGCGUUGGCCACGCGCUUUCCCAGCUUAAUUGACUUUGCACAGCCGGCAAAAUUCUGGCAAAAAUAUCGCUCUGCAAAACCAACAAAGACAAAAGCCAAACGCAAGCGCCGCACUGCGGACGAGGCUGAGUCUGAUGCCGAUACAGAUGAAGAGGAGGAGGAUGCUGCUGGAACUGCAGAGGGUGAAAGCGACAGUGACAAUGAGCUGCCAUUGGAGCGGCACAAGAGUGGCACACCAGCAGCCGGAGGGUCGAGUCGUGGGCAGCGUAGAAACAGCUGCGAUAUGCUGGUAACGGAGUUGAUCUUUCAUCCACCCGACUGGUAGCUCAGGGCCAAGUUUUGGCCUGCCACAAAAGACUUAGUUAAUUGUUAAUUCGAAAAUUAUGCAUUUCAAAAUUGUAAAUACAAUCAUUAAGCAAUCAUUUCUUGUCACA